AUGCAUUCUAUUACUACCAUUGGUUUGAUUAUCUUUGUAUAUUUUCUGGGAAUAACUUAUAGCAUUGAUUUUCAAUCUAAUCGACAACUUGGAUCUAUGAUAUUCUUUUUUUCCGGUCAAAAUCCAUAUGAUUUUAACAAUUACGGUUGCUGUAACAAAGAUAAACCAAUUCAUACUCCCUUAGACGAAAUCGAUCAGUGUUGUCAAACAUAUGAAACAUGCAAAAUUGUUGAGAAAUCUGAUACUAUUCCAUAUCCAUAUAAAGCUUCAUUUGAAGAUGGAACAAUCGAGUGUUUAAAUAAUAAAAAUACGAAAGCUCAUCAUCAAUGUCAAUGUGAUCUUGAGCUUGCUCAAUGUCUCCAUAAACGUCAAAGCGAAUAUACAACUAAUUUAUUAUAUAUAUCGGACAAUAAGUGUAAUCCAGGCGUUGUACUCAAUUUUGAUGAUUUAUUGACAAAUAUUACUUCGAAAAAUAUUCCAGAAGUUUAUCAUAAUUUCACAUUUACUGGUGGACAUUAUACAGUUGGUAAAGAUUUGACUAAUCCAACACGUCCCAGUGGUUAUGCUACAGCUAUGGUUAGUUCACCGAAUGUAUUAUAUAGUCAAAAUCAAAUGACAAUUAAACGUACUGAUGGACAACCAUUUUCUGUUGUUUCAUUUUCUGCAGCAGCUGCUUUCGUUCCAAAUUUGAAAUUAACUGUGAUCGGUACUCGACAAUACUCACCAAUAGUUUUCAAUGAGACUGUUUUUCUUCAAAUUACUACUCGUCAAAACAUUGAACUUAACUGGUCAGGUAUCGAUAUGUUAACAUUUACUGGUACAGGUGGCAAAAACUAUCCAGCUUAUUCAGAAAAAUGUGGUGAUUGUCAUUUUGCUAUUGAUGAUCUUCGAUUUCGUUUAUAG